AUUUCCUCUCUCUGUGCCGUGCCAGUGUUAUUCUUUUUCUGUUGUUCGCCGUCCUUGUUCACCGAUCGGAAACUUGUGAAGUUAUUUUCUGUUGAUAUUUGGUGAUUAUCUCUCAAAUUAAAUUAUCCAUAUAAUAACGGUGUCCAUGAGCUCUUGCGCUUAGCCCACUCUUUAUUGCCAGGCGUCACCAUGUUGAUCGUGAAGUCAAGCGGAAGCAUAGAAGGCGGGAAAAAUGAAGAUGAUGAGAAGGACAUCCUCUCAUAUUCAGAGAAGCUGUUCGGGAUGUACAAUGGAGAUAUUGACGUCCAGCCAACAGAAGUGAUCAGCAAAGAACACGCUUACUCGAAACCAUGGAACUGGUGUUUAGAGAAAUCAUUUGCAAAACCGACCAAAACACUUUUCUUCAGCAAGCCAGUCAAGAAUGAAACAAAUGGAACCUCUUGUGAUGAAGAGAUUGAUGUAGUUAAUGGCUGUGAUGAUGUGAAGUCAAAUUAUGGUUAUGAUCUUGACAAGGCCUAUGCUGUGAUGCGGGAGAUUGAAAAUCAUUGCAAUUUCACUCGGCCCACGGACAAUGAUGAUGAAUGGGAAGAGCAUAUACCCAAAGUUGGGUGGACUUAUAUACAGUAUCGGUUGUUUUCAAGAGUGUUACCAAUCUUGAAUUUUGAUCUGAAUGCAAGGUUGGCUUACACGGGAAGUAAAAAUGAGCCUGUCUUGAGAAGACUCUCCGUAGACAAGACUGCCCGAAAAUUUCGAGAACUUCUAUGCUCAACACAAUGGGACUUGCGGCUGAUUCAGUGGCUCCAUGGUGUUCUUAUUGACUACCUGCCCUCCUUCUACUUAGCUGUGUAUAUAGAUAUUUUACAGACUUUAAGAAGAAAAAUACCUCAGUUGAUUGACAGAAUGAUGAAUACAGCUGGUGCAUCUGGUCGCUUUGGCCCCACUAGUGUUGAAGGCCUGAGUAAUCUUCUGAAACGUACAUGGGAUCCUGUAGCUCCAAGCUUACCAGCGUUUAAACCGCGAAAAUUACCUGGAGAUGCACUGCUGGUAAUGGUGCCUAGCAGUCCUGGCGAUUGGUUAGCUCCACACUCCAGAGCUCAACAGUGGAUGACAAGUCUUUCAGACUUGAGCACUGUUAUCACUGUCAUGACAACUCCAAAUCCACAACAAGAAUCGGUGAACAUGAUGUCUUGUCUGGAUCAUAUGUUAGCUGCAACUCGUUCAAAAUUGUCCGAGUUGCGGACAGAUUAUCCUGGACGGCCUAUCAUAUUAGUUGGUCUUCACACAGGAGCAGCUCUAGCUCUACAGGUAGCAUUGUUUGAAAAUGUUGCUGCAACCGUUUGUCUUGGGUUCCCUGUAAAUACAGUUGAAGGCAGGAGAGGAACUCCGGAUGAUGCCAUUUUAGAUCUCAAAUCACCAGUCUUCUUUGUCUCUGGAGCACUGUCCGUCACAGCUUCGCCAGAAGAAAUGGAAGAAUUGAGAUGGAACUUACGAACACCAACAGGAUUGCUAAUUGUUGGCGGAGCGGAUGACCAUCUCUGCGUUAGUGACAGUCUGUGUGUAUCUGAGGGUAUCACCCAAAGCAUGGUCGACCGUUGUAUCUUGGAUGAAAUUGGUGAAUUCCUUGGCAACACUUUAGUCUCUCCCCACACAGUUCCUCCAUUCAGGCCACCACCAACACGGACGUCAAGCAUUACAAAUGACUCGCCAGUCCUCAGGCGCUCCCUCAAAUCUGAGCGCAAACAGAAAAUUAUCGAUACCAAUUUCGAACCCAAGAAAACCUCUCCAGUUCCCCCCAAGAAACCUAGAUUGUUGCCACCAAAACUAACUCCGAUGCAACUGAGCCAACUGCUUGAAAGUAGUAGACAGUCAUCGACAACAAUGGUAAACAAAAAGAUAACAGCAAAAGUACUAAGCGAUCCUGACAUAGAAAUACUGUUCCAGGAAGGAAAUGAAAAUAGCAACAGCAGCAACAGUGUCAGUCCAGGAAGCAACACAACCACUAGUAUUACACCUCAGGCAACCCUCUCUCUGUCAGAUUCAAUAUCUCGUUCCCGAAUGAAUUUGAUGACAGUGCACAGAGCUCCUGCUGUCACAAAGCAUACUGAUCCCAUCACAGGAGCAACUUCAUCUAUUACGCAUCGAACAGUCUUGAAAACUGGUCGUUUAACACCAAUAUCUUCUUUCAUACCAACCAAAAAUGGGCCAACUCGUGUAAUGCUGCCAUCCAGAGUUUCCCACAGCAACGAAGUGACAAGUGAAGUAGUCUCGCCAACUAAAACUGUGACUUUGCUGGAAAACAAUGUUUUAGAAGACCUGACACCUGACAAGAUUCUUGACCUUCCCAUCGAAAUCGCCUGUGAUGAUUCUCCCAUAGAAGUCACGCCUGUUUCGACACAGGUUCCUUUGUCGGUGGAUAAAAGUGGUAUGAAACUUGUUGUGAGAAAACCGCAACACCCACUUCCUCCACGCCCACCCAACUUGAAGUACUCCAAGAUUUUCGUCACUCACAAGAGUGUAGAUAAAGGGAAAACGCUGAAAACGAAUCACACACCGAUCAAUCGUUGAAAUCUGUACUCUGUGGUCAUGCUUAGUUUUCCCGUACCUAUCCAAAGCUGGAAGGCUUAGUAGAUUUUUUAGUAAGCUUAUUACCACUAUUCAACUAGAAGCUCGAACUGAACAAUCAUGUCGGUCCAGUAAAUCCUCUUAUAAUAUGAAUGUUGUUUCUCAGGAAAUCGUAUGAUUUUGAUCGUACUCUUGUAGGUUUUAGAGUAUUUAAUGGCUUAUUCUAAGCAACAUGAUGUUUAGUAGAAUAUGCAGGGUGUCUUCAGGUCUGGAACAACGAAAAUUGUCCGGGAAUUUCUCUAGGUCUGGGAAAUCAGGGAGUUAAUAAAAAAGACAGGAAAUUUGAAAAAUUGAGAAGAAGAAAAACAAAACAUUAGUGUCUCCCACACAAUCGAUAGGUGUCUUAGUCUGGUUUAGGGUAAUGCUGUAAGUUACACCAUGGAUAGUGUCCAGAGGUAUAAUUUUCAGUGAGGAAUUGCAAUUUUAGGUCAUUUAAUGACUCAUACCAGAAGACAAAAGGUUCACAUGUCUUUGUCCCUUGCAGUGAAAUUAAUUCGAAAAAUAAUCCAUCAUUUUUAGUUCUUUGCAUACAAAUUCUCACUGUGAAAAGUCAGAAUUUGGGCCAAGGAAAACCUGGAAAAUCAGGUAAUUUUUUCCUGCUAAGUCUGUAGACAUCCUGAAAAUGUUCAACUUUGCAAGUGCAUUUCAUCCUGAAAUUAAAUGAUCUAACCUAGCUUGAGGCACCAAAAGAAAGCAAAAGGUAUACUUUCUCAACUUUUCUUUAAGUUCACUCAUGGUUGGAAGAUAAAUUUUACAAGGGAAAGCUUGUAACGAACCAAAAUCAAAGUGACCAUGUUCGAUUCGUCAAUAGAUAUUCCUUCUUUGAAAGCCAUGGAAUGUGUUACUCAGGAGGUUUCGAACAAAAUCAGUGUAGUUAUGUGUAUUCACUAACAUUUAGUAAAGUUUAGUGUUUUCAAAACCCUGUAUCUUAUAAAAAAUAGUAAAGUUAAGAAUAUUCUUGUAUUUUUUAAAGAGGCUGUGAUAAAUCUUCUUUUUUUUUAAGUCUCAAAUACACAAAGUUUUCACUUUGUUUACUGCUUUUAUAUUGUUGUUUUUUUUUUUUUCUUGAAAGUUUUGUUGCAUAUGUGAAUGCAACUUUAUUCAACAUGCUUCCAAAAAGUAGAAUUAAGCUUCCAUUCUUCACUGUAAAGGAUGUUUUUACCAGUAAGAUGUUUUCGUACCCUUUUUAGCAUCCCCCAUUGAAUUAAUUCUUUUUUCUUUUCUAUUAAAUUAUUCUUUAAUAAAGUCAGACAGUUUUGACAUGGAACAGAUGUAGCUGUCCACUAAUUUUGUAAUCAGUAAGCUAUCCUAGAUAGCAGUUUGUGAUUGUCAUUUUCUUCUACCUUUCGACCGGGGACAGAGCCCUGCCUGCCUAGCCUCUACGUUAAGAAUUCUAAUCAUCUCUGGGGACAGAGGGCAGCUCUGUGCCCAUCUCUUUGGAGGUCGCUUCUGACUGUAAGGUCGUUUUA